AUGUGCCUCCAGACUUUCCUUGUCUCUAGUGAUUCUGAAUUCCGACGUCUUCUUGAGGGAGUGUUUCUUCAACAUCGUCUACGAAAAGAGAUGAGACUGCUCAAUAGUAGGCAGCAACAUUUACGGACACUAUGCACAGACGUCCAUUUCCGUGUGUACAACAAGACUAACGCGAAUGUACCGUACCCGACCGGAAUAGUGACACACUCACCGAUUCUCUCUCCGAGCCGACCAUCCCCGACUACACACUCCAAUUCUCUUUCUGAGCCCACCCCGACCGUCUCGGACUACACAAUCAAUUCUCUCUUCACAGCCAAUUCUCUUUCCGAGCCGACCGUCUCGGACUACACCUCAAUUCUCUUUCCGAGCCGACCGUCUCGGACUACACACUCCAAUUCUCUUUCUGAGCCGACCGUCUCGGACUACACACUCCAAUUCUCUUUCCGAGCCGACCGUCUCGGACUACACACUCCAAUUCUCUUUCUGAGCCGACCGUCUCUGACUACACACUCCAAUUCUCUUUCCGAGCCGACCGUCUCGGACUACACACUCCAAUUCUCUUUCCGAGCCGACCGUCUCGCUCUCUACACUCGACCGUCUGGGACUACACACUAUAAUUCUCUUUCCGAGCCGACCGUCCUAAUAUUUCUUAUUAUAAAUUACUAUCCAUAG